AGUGCGAGAUUUCGCUGUUCCGCUUUCCCUGAAAUUCUUUGCUGAUCCGACUUGAGACUGAGAUAAUUCAAGAUGGCUGUCUCAGGCUCCAGAUGAGGGCUUUCUCCUGCUUUGCCCUUGUUGUAUAAAUCUUGUGUCAGUGCUGCCAGUCCCUCACUGCCCCUUUGGAGACACCAUGUCCAACACCUCCUCCUGUUCCUCCUCUGGGGAAACCAGCCCGGAUGACACGCCCCGAGGUGGGGGCACCAUCCGUGUCUACCUCCCUAACAAGCAGCGGACAGUGGUAAAUGUUCGGCCUGGGCAAACUGUCUAUGAUAGUCUAGAUAAAGCCCUGAAAGUCAGAGGCCUAAGCCAGGAUUGUUGUGCUGUCUUUCGCCUUCUUGAAGGCCGGAAGAGACUUACAGAAUGGGACACUGACAUCACACCCCUUGUAGGGGAAGAGCUUCUGGUAGAAGUGCUGGAUGAUGUUCCCCUUACCAUGCACAACUUUGUACGCAAAACAUUCUUUAAGUUAGCAUACUGUGACUUCUGCCACAAGUUCUUGUUCAACGGCUUCAGGUGUCAGACAUGUGGUUAUAAAUUUCACCAGCACUGUAGCAGUAAAGUCCCUACGGUAUGUGUGGACAUGGACACCAUGACAAAACGGUGUCUUCCUAAUACAGAAGAAUGCCCAUCGAUAUUGAUAUAUCCGGCCACUAAUUCCAUAUCACAGAGCGACUUGCCUUUAACUUCAGAUUCUCAUGGAAGGGAUUUGCUGUCGUCAGGGUCAAGCUUCCAUUUGAUCAUGUGUGGAGAGGACGGUCAGUCUCUUCAGAGGCAUCGCUCCACAUCAACCCCCAACGUCCACAUGGUUAGCACGCUGGAGCCUGGCGCUGCUAGCCUCUUGGAGGAGUCAUUCAAAAUCAACCCAAUGGUAUUGUGCACAGGGCAAGAGUCCUCUCCUAAGCCUUCCACUAGCCCACCCCACCUAGGGUCACCAGGAAGAAGACCCCACAAAUCCCCUUCUGAGCCCAAGGAGCGAAAGCAAUCCUCAUCUGAUGAUAAAAAGAAAGUGCACCGGGGAGGUUACAGAGACUCCAGUUACUACUGGGAGGUGCACUCACGGGAGGUGUCCAUGUUAAAGAGGAUUGGAGCAGGUUCUUUUGGGACCGUCUAUAAAGGCAAGUGGCAUGGAGACGUGGCUAUCAAGAUUCUUAAAGUGACAGAGCCCACGCCGGAGCAGCUACAGGCCUUUAAGAAUGAGAUGCAGGUUUUACGAAAAACACGCCACGUCAACAUUCUGCUGUUCAUGGGCUUCAUGACGAAGCCAAAUUUUGCCAUUAUCACACAGUGGUGUGAAGGCAGCAGCCUGUACCGCCACCUGCAUGUUACUGAGACCAAGUUUGACACCAUGCGCCGUAUUGAUGUUGCUCGCCAGACUGCUCAGGGCAUGGAUUAUCUUCACGCCAAGAAUAUCAUUCAUCGGGACUUGAAAUCUAAUAAUAUCUUCCUGCACGAAGGCUGGACUGUAAAGAUCGGUGACUUUGGCCUGGCCACGGUAAAGUCUCGCUGGAGUGGCUCUCAGCAGGUCGAACAGCCCAGUGGCUCCAUCCUGUGGAUGGCCCCUGAAGUGAUCAGAAUGCAAGACACUAACCCAUACACCUUCCAGUCUGAUGUAUAUGGAUAUGGAGUGGUGCUCUAUGAACUGAUGUCUGGGACUUUGCCUUAUUCAAAUAUCAACAACCGCGAUCAGAUUAUUUUCAUGGUCGGUCGUGGGUACUUGUCUCCAGACCUCAGUAAAUUGUCGAGUAACUGCCCUAAAUCAAUGAAGAGGCUCAUCAUCGACUGUCUGAAAUUCAAACGGGAUGAGCGGCCUCUUUUCCCACAGAUCUUGGUAGGGAUCGAGCAGGUCCAGGAUCUGUUGCCAAAAAUCGAGCGGAGUGCCUCUGAGCCCUCUCUACACCGUGCUGUACACGCCGAGGACCUGAACCCACUUUUCCUGCACACCACGCGAGGCUUCCUGCCUCUGUUAGACUCUCAGAGAUGAUUCGCUCUUCUCCCAUCAUUCCCAGCAUGGAAUCCUGAGUUCCUCCCAUUAUUCCACACAUUCCUGAGAGCACCCUAAUUAUUUAAUUGGACCUACAUAUAGUCAAACACACACAUCACGUUUAUCAACUGAUUCAUGCUCCUGUUCUCCUCUUUUUUGGUUCCGGUUGCUCCUCUGUAAAGCUGCCUGUAGAGAAUAUCACAUUCUAUCUGGACCAGCUGCUUUCUAAAACUGAAGCAGGAAAUAAACGUGCUCUCUUACUACACUUACUGGAUUUUAAAAUCCACACAUCAUAUCGUCAAUGUAUCGGCACAAUCUUAAUAUAGCCUCCUUUUUUGAGGUAUAUUUCUAAAUGUGUUAUGGUGGCUUACACAUUACUUUUUUCUACUUUGAGAUUGAAAGUAGCGUUUUAUUUUUAUUUUUUUCUGCAGAACAAGCAAACCAGCAUGGAGAUUGUCUCUUUUUUUCUCUACCUGUUCUCCUAGCUUGAAGUUCAUUGCCCAGCGAUAGCACACGGUGAUGGCUCCAUUCAUCUACAUCAGUCACAGAGACUCUGCUCACACAUCGUUUUGCAGGCAGUUGCUUUUAGUUCAUGGUAACAAUCUUGUGAGCUCAUGGUCAUAAACCAAUUGUAAUUUGUGCUGUCUUUUGAUUCCGUUAUUUUCCAGUUGGGAAAUUUUAUGGAAAAUAUUGCUUAAACUCUUAUCUGGUGUCAGAUUAGGUUGGAUGUACAUGUGACUUGUGACCUUAACAAUUGUGCUGUGCAUUUGUGAUAUUUAAAACAUUUUUUUUUUUUUUUGGCUUUACAUUUGGGCUGCUGCUGUAUGUUGGUCAGCUUUAAAUUUUGUAGCAUAAGGACAUUUCGAGAAAAAGGAACAAAUCCUGUUGGUAUGCUUAAAGCAGUUCACUUCCUGAAGUGACGGGGAAGGAAAAAUAGACGAUUUUUGUUGUUGUUGUUGCUUUGAAAUGAGAACAUUAUGCUUUCUAGACUUAUAAAUUAAUGAUUGUUUGUUUUAAAAUGUCGCAUCUUAAAACUGAGUAACCGUUCACAAACGAAACUAAAAAGGCACAUGAUGACCAUAAGCAGGACUGGUAAACUAGCACUUGACACUUCUUCCCAGUCCGACUUCACACAUGGCGGCCGUUGUUAACCAAAUGCCUUUGUUGCUUGUGGUGUUGGAUGUUUGUAUACAGUCACUUUCUCUGGGUUUCUGCUCUCCUGUGUGAACACAGUCUUAAUUUUGCAGUCACUCAGCAGCUUACAGUUGAUGUCCUCGAGCAGUCUUUGAAUACAUUUCUUAAAUUAGGCUGCAAACUUAAUGCCCGCUGCUGACCUCUGGUUAAUCGACUCUGAAUCUGACCAGUUUCAGUGUUGAGUGAGAUGAUCAAACUUAAGAUGCUCUUUCGUUUCCACAGCCCCCGCUCUCUUAAGGGCUCUAGUAAGAGCAAAAGCAUUUCUUUCAAAUCGAAUUUGUGGCAGCAUGGGGUGAGGGAGUGCUUCUGGAUGCUGUAUUCUUAUGGUUCAUUGGUUCCUUUAUUCACUAAACUCAAAAGCAUGUCUUUUUGAAACAGUCUAGCUGUUUAAUACCAAUAUUAAAGUUCAUUUUCCUCCCAUUCAGCUGGUUUCAAUAGGACUGACUGAAACCUAAAAUGGUGGGGCCUUAUGUGAUCUACAUUUUCCAUCUGCCCUUUUAAUGAAGUCUUAAUAUAUGUAACUUAUUGUUUCAUAACUGACACUUGUACUAAAGGCAGAGCUUUGGUUUUUAUCUAGCAAUAUUCAAAUGGGGCUGGGUUCCCCAUUGAGCUGUACUCAUUCCAAAUAUGAUGCCUAUGGAAGAUUCAUUGGGUGAUUCUAUACCGUUUGUUCAUGAAAGAUAGUUUCACAUCCCCUCAAUGACUAUUGGAAAGGGGAACUUAAUAUGGUAUAGAUUUGACAAACCUGGCUCAUAUAUAUAUAUAUAUAUAUAUAUAUAUAUAUAUAUAUAUAUUACUGGGUGUGUUGUGUGUAAAGUGUUUCUGGCCUCUUGUACAUUGAUGAUGUGGUACUCUCCGAGUGUAUAAUUUUCCUAAGAAACCAGUGGUAAUAAUAUUGUUCUAAAGGAGGUAAUUGAGUUGUCAAGCAUUUGUGGAUGGCACUAUAUGCUUUUCUCUAGUCAUAACGGUUGAGAAAACAAGACUAUCGGUUUAUAUUUGUACAGAUAUGGAUGCACAGCUAGUUCUAUUGCAAUUUGUAAUAGAUUUACCCCCUGGUUUCACAGACAAGGCUUAAGUCUAGUCCCAGACGUAAAUGCAUGUCUGAGCAGGUUUAACUGAAAGCAACUUGCACUGACAUAUCUUAAAAUACUUCAGUGCCAUUUUUUUGUUAUAAGAUUUGCACCAGGUCCUAAUUGAACUAAGGCCUAAUCCUGGCUUAAUCUAAGCCCUGUCUGUGGAACCAGGCUUUAAAGCUAUAAACAAAUUAUAGGGCUUUAAAACUACAGCCUGGAAACCUCAAAUAGAAUUAGACUCCCUCCAAAUUUAAGCCUUACUCGUUCAUUAGAACUGUAACUUCUACCAUUGCCUUAAUGGCUUUAACGUCCCUCUAGAUACAUGUGGGACAAAUACACCCUCCCCCCUCCCAUAUCUUUCUAAGCACCUCAGUUGUUCAAAGCACACUUUUAUAAUUUCCAUCAAGCCCAAAAGAAGAUAAUCAGUAUGAGAUCCAGGAUCUACUUUUGCACAUGAAUGCAAAAGAGUGAAACUUAAGAUCAACAUACAAGCCACCAUUUUUCAGAACACAAAAUAUAAUGAAAGAUCAAUUUUUGUUUAUAGAAGCUAGUUUUGCAUAUUUUAGGUGAACUGCAAUAAUGCGUGUAUAGUUGAAGAGGUCUAUGGGGUGUUUGCGAAAAAUGGUGUAUUCUGCCGUGUACAGUUACUUUUUUUUUUAAGAAAAAGAUUAAAUUGUAUUUGUUUCUAUUUUUUUUGUGUGAUGGUUCAAAAAGAACAAAAUUAUUUUAAAACAUGUAAAGGAAAUCUUAGUCUUUUUUUUGUUUUUUUGGGUUUUAAAUAUUGUGGAGAGGAUUUUGUUCUAAAAAUAAAACCAUUGAAUUCUGA